UAAAAUAAUACAACAUAAAAUAAGGAUGUGAAGGGGCUGACUUUAGUCAAACAUCUAAAGCCUCGCUCUAGUGGUCGCGAAACCAUGACAGACGGUGGCGGUGACGUGCAACCACGGAUACCUUCAAGUAACGGCGGCGAGUUUCUUCUCUCAUUACUGCAGAAAUCCCAACGGCCACCACAAACACAAUCAGAUAUUCGUCAAUUACCUGCUUCACCCGGUCCAGUUACUCCUCCACUGCAACCGUACGCGCAAUUGCCUGACGAUCCGGCCGUUGCGGCUGUGGGUCCUUCCAUAAAUUUUCCUGUACAGUGGCCAUCCAACGGAUUCGAUCUUUCUCCGCCAUGGUCCCACACUCUCUCCCCUCCGCUCCCUCACAAUUUUCUAGGGUUUUCUCAAAACCCUUGGCAAUCCCCUCCGGGAAAUCAGAGAGUUUUGAGUGAAGAUUUUAGCAGAUUAGGGAUUUCUAAUGCCAAUUUCGCAACCAAGAAUCUAGUUCAUCAGGAGCAAAACCUUCAAGAGCAACACCAGAAAAUCCAAUUUGGUUCUCUUCAAGCACGUAUCCGACCCGAGGGUUUACGUUCCAAUUUGGAUUCUUUAGGUAACUUGACAUAUAAUUUCUCAAACGGGUUGGAUAGGAACCGUCAAUUCGAGCCGCGAAAAACUCCUGUUACAAAUCCAAAUUUUAUUCAACUUUUAGAGAAUUCAGUUGGCAAACAGCAUCAUAGGUCAGGGCCGCCUCCAGGGUUUUCGAACAAGGCAAGAGGAGGAGGAAGCACUAGGAGGGGGUCUAACUUUGAUGCGGAUAAGGAGAAAGUGAAUUACAGUGUUGAAGAUGGGAAUGCAAGAGUGAAGAGAUUGCCAUCUGAACGUAAGAAUGCUAAGAAUGCACUGGGGAUCACCGGACAGCUUGAUCAUCCUGGUCCACCCUCUGGAAGUAACCUUCAUUCUGUUUCAGCAUCAGAUAUUGAAGAGUCUAUGCUGGAUUUGCAUAGAGAGGACGGAGAAGUGCAUUGGAUGCAGGGGAAGGUGAGGAGGGAGACUGGUUCUGGUUAUGGUCGAGGAGGUGAAGAUUUGGAUGACUAUGGUGGAGAACUUGUGGAUUCUUUAUUGCCUGACGAUGAAUCUGAUAAGAAAACUGUCCAUAGCAACAAGAAACAACACCGUCCGGAUAAGGAAUCAAGAUCAGAUAAUAGAGGAAAAAGGCUACUUAGUCAAAGGAUGAGAAGCUUAAAAUGGCAGCUCCAAUGUCGCAGUGAUAUAGGUGGAAUGAGUGCUCCUUUUCUUGCAGUUUCUGAGUCCUUAAUACCACCCGAGGAAGAAAAGGUGAAGCAGAAACAGUUGUUAACAUUAUUGGAGAAAUUAGUUUGCAAAGAAUGGCCUAAAGCUCGGUUGUAUCUUUAUGGAUCUUGUGCUAAUUCAUUUGGAGUUUCUAAGAGUGACAUUGAUGUUUGCCUUGCGAUUGAUGAUUCUAGUAUCAACAAGUCUGAGGUUUUGUUAAAGUUGGCCAAUAUCUUUGAAUCAGAUAAUCUCCAGAAUGUGCAGGCACUAACACGUGCAAGGGUCCCCAUAGUAAAGCUCAUGGAUCCAGUCACUGGAAUUUCUUGUGACAUAUGCAUAAACAAUCUCUUGGCUGUUGUAAACACAAAGCUUCUUCGGGAUUAUGCUCAAAUAGAUGUGCGACUGCGGCAACUAGCAUUCAUUGUUAAGCAUUGGGCCAAAUCAAGAGGAGUUAAUGAAACUUAUCAAGGAACCCUAUCAAGCUAUGCGUAUGUUUUGAUGUGCAUUCAUUUCUUACAGCAGCGCAGACCUGCUAUACUUCCGUGUUUACAGGGAAUGGGGGAAACAUACUCUGUGACUCUGGAUAAUAUUCGAUGUGCUUACUUUGAUCAAGUUGAAAAACUACACGAUUUUGGAUCCCAUAACAAGGAAACUAUUGCUCAGCUUUUGUGGUCAUUUUUCAGUUAUUGGGCAUAUGGUCAUGAUUAUGCAAGUUCUGUUAUAUCUGUACGCACAGGAAGCAUAAUAAGCAAACAAGAAAAAGACUGGACGAGGAGGAUUGGAAAUGAUCGUCAUUUAAUAUGCAUUGAGGAUCCUUUUGAGGUAACUCAUGACCUUGGUAGAGUGGUGGACAAGUUCAGCAUAAAAGUCCUAAGAGAGGAGUUUGAACGUGCUGCAGAAAUAAUGCAGUAUGAUCCGAAUCCUUGGGUUGCACUCUUUGAACCCUAUGUUUCUUCCUAGUCGAACUUAUCAAAGGCUUGGUUGUGAUUGUUACAUGUAAUUAUGGUCAAAGAUUUUGGUAAGCUUUAUGUCCUUCAUCCUUGUGUUUCAAAGUUUUAUCAUUGUAUUUAUAGAAUUUAUGUAUUUAGCGGUUCUGGCUUUUGGUUGAUAGACCUUUCCCUAUUAGCAAUUUUAAUUCGCAGUUGCAGGUGAA